AUGCUUCUAUCAGUAUACAUAGCGGGUACAUUGUUCCUGUGCAUAUGUGUGUUGCUAUGGAGCCUGGAGCGACGCGAGCGCAACAAAUACAGAGGGGUACCAACCUUACCACUCUUACCGUUCAUCGGGAACUUACAUCAAGCUAUAGGAGAUACACAACAUAUAUUUCACGUGGUUGAACAUAUAACCGAAAUCUGUGAAGAAAAACAAUCACUUUUUGUCUUUUGGUUGGGACCUUGUCCUAUUUUAGCGGCCCAACAUCCAGAUGACGUGAAGAUGAUCACAAACUCCUUCGUGGAGAAGCCGUAUUUUUAUGACUUCGGUAGAGCUUGGCUCGGAGACGGACUCAUCACUGCACCAGGUUACAUAUGGAAGCAAAGCAUCAAGAAAUUAUCUGGAACAUUCACCAGCUCCGUGGUGGACGGCUACCAGGAUGUGUUCAAUGCUCAGGCGCAGAAGUUGGUGAUUAAUUUGAAGACUAAAGUGGGGCAGGAACCAUUCGAUGUUAUGCAUGAAUUGGCGUUUGCCACAUUGGAAAGUAUAUGUCAGACGGCUUUAGGAGUUUCAAAUAUAUCAGAGAGUAUAGUGACAGAGGAGUACUAUGAUGCAUUCAACCGUUGCCUUGAGCUGAUGAUAUAUAGGGGCGUGAACAUCCUUUUACAUCCUGACGCCAUCUACCGGCUCACUCCUGCACAUAAGGAGAUGAUGAAGUGCGUUGCUGUUCUGCACAAAGUAUCUGAUAAUGUGAUGAAGAAGUUCCGAGCUGAACGUAACGAUGUGAAGACAAGUGAAAUGAGAGGAAACCAGAAUCAAGGUACAAAUAAAGGUCCAAAAUUUAAGGCUUUCUUGGACAUUUUGUUGGAGCUGAGAGAAUUAGACCCGAACUAUACGGAUGAUCAGAUCAAGUCGGAGGUGGACACCAUCAUCGUAGCAGGACAGGAGACGGUAGCUACUGCCUUUUUCUACACCCUGCUGAUGAUCGGGUGUAAGCCAGGAGUCCAGGAGAAGAUGUAUGCAGAGUUGCACAGUAUAUUCGGGGACAGUAAGCGUCCGGUGUGCAAGGAGGACCUCGCCCGCAUGAGAUAUUGCGAGGCAAUCAUCAAUGAAACUCUACGGCUGUACCCACCAGCUCCUGGCGUCAUGCGAUAUGCUGACAGGAAUCUGAAACUUAAAUCCUUCACAAUCCCGAAGGGCACAAUAUGUGCUAUUAAUUUCUGGGGAGCAGGGAGGUCGUUGCAAGCUUGGGGACCUGACGCCAAAGUCUACAGGCCGGAGCGGUGGCUGGAAGACCAGCCCCCCGGAAACCCUGCAGCAUUCCUACCUUUCAGUUACGGGAGACGAGCGUGUAUUGGUAAGAAAUACGCGAUGGCGAUCUUAAAAACGAUGCUGGCGCAUUGUGUCCGAGAGUUGGACUUCGAGUCGCAGGCUGCCAACUUGAAGCUGAAGAUAGACUUAGCUCUACGACCAGUCUCCGGCCAUCUCAUACAAAUUAAAUUGCGGGAAACCGAAAACCGUUGCUUGUGA